GUUUGAUCGCUAUAUUCGCUAUUUCCGUCGCUAGCAUCAUCCAUAUUAUUCUGAUGUCUUUGAAAUUCCUUGCAUUUUUUUUUCCUUUUUUUUUCUUCCGUUCUUUCUUCCAUAAUUCAUAUGAUAAAUAUUUUGGAUUACGAAUCACACAUUUCUGAAUUUAUGUAUCAAAUAUCGUAAUUAAAUUUUGUUCCAUAAUACAGAAAUUCAGUUUAAGUUUCAUAAUGUAUUUAUUAAACUUUUGAUAAAUAAUCUUUCUAAUGAAUUAUAUGCGUGCAUGCAUAGCAUAUUAAUAAACAAGGUAAACUGAUGAUAUAAAUUGACAAUUUUUAUACAUUUUUUUUAUAAACUUUAUUCACUUUUUGCUAUUAAAUUUGACUUUAAUGUAAGUUAUUACGUUAUCUUUUUAUCCAUAAUAUAUUGUCUGCAAAUAAAUAUGUUAUCUUACACGUAUUGAAUGGCAAAUAUGCCUUUUUCAAAUGUUAGCCAAACAUUAUUCAAUGUACAUAUGUAUUUUAUUAUUAUAUAUUCUGAUUGCAAACAGUCAUAUAUUUUUAUAUCGAAUUGUUUUAUUGAUAAAUUCGCUUGCAUUAAUUCAGCAAAUAAUGUCUCAAAAUUUUAUAAAUUUUAUUGUGCAUUUCGUCAGUUUUGUACAUGUAUGCAUAAAAACUUUAUCAGCAAUGUAAACACGGUAAGCUAUUGAUUAUGACCAAUUUAACAUGUUUGUUUUUAUGUUAUUUGUGACUUUACCGUGUUAGGUUAUCUCCUAAUAUGAUUAUUUGAAACUUUCCUCGUUAAAUAAAAGUGUUAUUAAACGAUACCAAUAAAAAUGUCAAAAUAAUAAUAUUUUCUUUAAAAAUUUAUUAUUGAAAAAUAUAUAACAUAAAAGAUGGAUCCGAGUCGCGAGGAAAAGGUAGCUCUCGAUCUAGAAAGUAGAAAGACACAAUUAUUCCGGGAAAAGAUGAGAAAGCUUGCCGAAUGCGAUAAGGUAGUUUCGGCCGAAACUGUCAAUGCUAUUGGAGAAGUCACGAAAGAUAUUGAAAUGAUCGAUGAAAACGUGCCGAGCAGCGACGAGUUUGACGAGGAAUUGGAGGAAGAAUAUCGUAACCUGAACGAUAUUUUCGAUUUACCGCAUGACACUUACUCCCUUACCGAAAUUAGGCCGGAGUUACCACUUUGUGUCAAGUAUGGCAUUCGUUCUGGCGUAACUCAUCUAAAUAUGCCGCAAUUCUCGCCGUUAUCCAGAGGUUAUCAGGGUGGCGCUAUAGCGAUUGCAGCUUUUGCCACGACCGCGAUUCACAAACCACGCUAUUGGAACGAGGCGGUGAUCGACCAGAUCGUCGAAGACGGCGACACUUUUUACUGCGAGUCCUACAAGAAUGUGAACACCGGCGAUCGUCGGACAAUGACCAUCCUCGACUUGAAGAGGAAUCUUCUCAUCCAGAAAAAGUUCAAUAUAAGAAUCAUGAUCGAGGAUCCGGCCUACGCGGGGAAAUUUCGUUCGCGCGAUCCGACAGAGCUUCAUUUGGCGAAGGCGUUGGAGUUAUUUUUCAAGAGACACGAUGCUGGGAUUCUGACGUCACCGGUACUCAAUAUAGCUAUAUGGCGAGACUCGAAGUAUUACAAUGUAUUUGAUGGUCAAGCACGACGAGAUAAUGGUGAACCGGUUGCCGAUGAAGUCAACGGUUCAGCCAAACUGUUUCUCGUGAAGGAUUUGAUGGGGGUGUUAUUCAUUAUCCUCGAAAAGAGCAACGUGCGAAACGAACCUUUUGUGAUCUAUGCCGUAACUGUCGUAGCAAUCGAACCGAUCUCUCCGGACGAUCCCGCAGAAGUCGAGAAGACGUAUGGGAAACUGCAGAGGAGACCGAGCGGUUACAAAAUUCGCCAGAAGCAUCGAGCUGUGGUGCAAGGAUCUUAUCAUCUCACGCAUCCAGCCAUACCGAGAGCUCUGCGAAAUAAAGGACACCUGAUUAUAGCCGUGGCGGCGCUAAUAUACUCGCGGCUAAUUAACUCAAAUAAGUGGACGACCGCUUUGCUCAACUUGAUUAUCAAUCAAUCCAAUAUUUAUCUAGUUGAUCUAGUCAGGAUCCUUGAGAAAAAGCUCGACGAUGACUUUGAGCUCCGGUUGGAGGAUUUGAUGAGCGACUUUAUUCUCGGAGUGUAUUCCGCUAAGAUAAAGGUAGACGCGAAUGUAAUACCGGAUCGCGCGCAAAAAGACAAGAUUGCUAUUAACAGCGGUAUACGCGAAUUCUUCGAGACACGGGAGGUCGGGAUACUCGAAAUUAAGAAGAUCUUCUACGCGAUCUGGAAAGAGGGCGAUGUGUAUUAUUUUCUCGAUCCGUUCGAAUGCGACGACGAAGGUUUUAGGAUCUAUCACGAUGACAGAGAAUAUACGACGGGUGAUACAUUCGGAGGCGCUGCCUGUGUUACCAUGAAUAGCACCGUAAACGAGAUAGUGGAAACAGUAUUGGAGAAUACCGGUAAUAAGGACAAGGAUCCUUUCCUGAUACAUGGGGUAACAGUGCUGUACGUAAAGACUGGAGUAGCACCGGACGGACCACUCGAGAGAGUAAUUUAUCGAGAGAGAGGUACAAACCGUAGACCGCGGGCUCCGUCACCACCGGCACCUACGGAUACGAUAGAAAAAGUGAUCGACACAACGCCCCGCGUACGACCGGAAUCAUCUAAAUCCAUAGAAAUGUCUAAUCAAUUUCCGGAAAAUAUGCAACACGUGGACCAAUAUACAAUUGCGGAUGACGAGCCAAUAACUUUCGAGGACAAAGAGAUAAAGAAAGAAGACGUCGAAGAAGUAGAAACAGCCGAGGAAAUACGAAAAGAACCUUCGCUAAAAUUUAUUACGGGAUAUAGAAUGAUAAAUGUUCAUCGUCUGCUACUUUGCGGUACCAAAAAUUGUCUGAGCGAAAGCUUCCGUCCGCAAUCACGUGGCAGGCAAGGAUUAAUAGCCGCUUUGACUGCUUUGGCGUACAGAAGAUUGAAAGAUCCGACUCGCUGGCGAAAUAUAGACGUGGAUCAAAUUGUUGACGUCAGCAACAAAGCUUAUGAGCAAGUCAUAACAUGGAUCGAACAAGGCCGACCGGAGAUAAAAGAAGCUACAGGAGUGAAAGAAGAAUUAAAACUAGCUGAGUACGACGCUAUUUUCAAGACGAAGACAAACGUUGUGGACGGCGACGCAAAUCCGUUGGCAAAUCUCGCAGAGGCACUCGAGCGUUAUUUUGAACGAUAUCCUGAAGCAGUGUUGGAAAAUAAGAGAUUGAUGUACGCUAUUUGGAAAGAGGAUGGAAAAUUCUUUCUAUUUAAUCCUUACGGCAGCGAUUCGGAGGGAUGGCGUCUUCGAGAUCACCCGGCCUCCUUUGUUGUAACGGACAGUCUCAACGAGCUGAUCGAUCUUCUUCACGGUGUUUUGGAAUACAACGAUCCAUUAUUCUCGCUUCAUUUCGUAGCUCUGGACGCGAUACAACCAGGAAAAUAUACGUCACCCGUGGAAAUCAUAAUCCCGGACGAACAGACGAUCGACAAGUUUCGUACAAAAUUUCUACCAAUCACAGAUGAAGAUCUAUUGAAGCUUGAGGAAAUCAAACCAGAUAUCGCUGUCCCUGAUGCACCUUAUCGUCUAAAUCUGGCACUCCUGACCUCCAUAGUAAAAAUUCAAAAACCGUUCGAAGAAGAGCUCAACGGCCUGCACGAAGAAGUAAUAAUGGAGAAAAUGAAGUACGAUCAUCCGCCGCCGUACGUGAUGCCGCCGCGAAAGACGCUUUGUGUUUUGCUGGAAGCGAAACGGGCAAACAGAUCGAUUCCUUCUCUCGUAUCGAGAUUCUCGAUUGAUUCGAGACUCGAGGUCAAGAAAAAAAAUGAUUUCCCCACCGAUUACGUGGCACCUGCAUCAGCUGCGAUUGUAUCGCUGCCUCAAGACAUGAAACCCUCUAAAAUGAUCAAGCUAUCUUUCGGGAAGUACUUGUACUCAAGAUUACCGCCGAUUCAUAUAAUGCCUCUUAGAGCAAUUGACGAGAGUUACAUCCAGAACGAGAACGUCGAUAAUGCACUUGAUGAAAAAUAUCUUGAACGAGAGAAGUUGGAGGAGAAAAAGGAAGACAUGGCGUUAGCAAAAUUAAGAACGGUAUCUUGUCGUGCAAAAUCGGAACUGAUACCGCUCGGACCGAUAAUUAAAACCCCAGUUUUAAUAAUAAAGCAACUGACAUGUCCCGAUGAGCAACAUCGGAAAAGCGUAUCGAAGACUGAAAAAGAAAGGCUUAUUAUCAAAAGAAAUCUGUGCGAUGCGGAAAAGCUUAUAUUCAAAUUGAUAUUUCCUAAUUUUAAUCCUGAUUUACAGUCACCAGAAAAGAAAGAUGAUGAUAGAAAGAUGGACGACAUAAAAAAGACGAUAAUUAGCGUGAAAGAUGAGAAAGUAGAUCAAUCAUCGCCUGAAGCUGUUGGCUUCAAAUUUAUAGAAGAUGAAAAUGUGGAAAUAAUACAAGGCAAAUCGAGUUUAAUGGAUCGGGCGCGAGUUGAAUCUUCUCACUACAAGCCAUGUUACAUCGCGGCUUUAUUGUGCAUUUUGGCGAAAAUUGUGCUAGACAUGGAUCGCUUUUGUGGAAGCACUCUGGAUGAAUUGAUUCUCCUUACCGGUAAAAUCGAUCAAGGGGUAGGCAGAUUACGAUAUAAGGAAUUUAGGACAUUUUAUAAUAUGAACAUUUUCGAUACGAAUUUUAACGUGAUUCUGAAAGAGAUUAUUCGCUCCGAUCCCGAGAAUCCAAAAUCCAAGGAUCUUGAUGGAAGCGUAGAAAAAUUCUUAGAAAAGGAUCGAACCGGCAUAUUAGUAUUGAUAAAUUGUGCCUACGCAUUUUGGACGGCGCAUGGCAAAUAUUAUCUCUUCGACCCUUACCCUUGCGACGAGAAGGGACGCGCUAGUGAGGAGGGUUACUGCUGCCUUUUAAAACUCCACGAUUUAAAGUCAAUGCUCGAUAGAAUUAAAGAAAACGCCGGCGAGACUGUGAGAAAACCUUUCCGUCUUUAUACCGUGUCCAUCGCUCACAUGGAAAAGAAGAGACGUAAACGGAAACGAAAAAAAGGCAUCGAACAUCGCGCGAAACUAACCGUUCAAGAGUCGGUCAGAAGCGAGGAAAAGCGAGAUGCGGCGACGCCACCAACCGCAUCGGAAACAUCUCUGAUCGAGUUAGCAGAGUGGGUCACUUCGGAUCCGGAGUUGGAUCCAGAUCGUGACGUCAUGAUUCCCGGUUUCACACCAAUGCGAUAUCACGAAGCUUCGAUGCUUGAAGCAAUCGUUCUACAGGAUGACAUUACGACGCCUACUCUGAUGCCAUUCAAAGAGGAGCCAUCAAAAAAACGAGACGAUGGUCGCGAGGAAACGACGAUAGAACGAGCGGAACCAUUCGAAAGGAUAUUUCGAAACUACACGUCCCUCACAAUUCCCAUCGAUCUCUGCGUCAUGGCGUGGUCGUUGAUCCACGAUCCCGUGUCCUGGUCGGAGCGCACAGUCGACGGUCUGCUCGAGGGCAGCGUAGAUUACGCCCUUGAUAGCGUGUUAGCGAGCGAAGAUACUUCCGUGAGCGACAUGACUGAUGGCUUGUUGCCGGAAUUCGAGAUAGCAAAUUACGCAUUUCGAGUGGUAUUCGCGCCGUUGCACUACGGGAAGCUGUACGCUACGGAAGGAUGGAACCUGGCGAUGACUAUGGAAAAGAUAUUUGAGACGAGAAUCUACACCGGAGCAAUAGUCGUCUGUCGCCACGCUCAUGUGGGCAUCACGAAAUGCGGCAGAAAUUAUUUUGCCUGGUGGGCGGUCACGGGGACGAAAUGUUUGAGGAUGAUCACGUCCAGCAGCAUGAGCGAGUUUCUUAAAUUAAUUGUCAAGAUAAUCGACGCGCCGCGGGAGACGGCAUUCGCCGUGAGAGCGAUCACGAUAUCUUACGCGCGUAAAACGGCACCAGAUUGCAGCGACAUCCGCGGUCUUCACGAGUCGAUAGCACCAACAGCAUCCUUGGCGGAAAUUCAUCGCAAGAACUCGCCGGAAUCUCGCGACCUUGAAGCGAUUUUCAGACCAAUCGGCCCAGCUCCGAAACCAAUCUUCAUACUUGGAACAGUAGCUUUGCGUGAUCGAAAUAGCUUGUUAGAGCCGCGAACAAAACGUUGCUACUUCGUCGCGUUGUUGGCCGUCACGAUUAAGCGGGACAUCGUUCAGUCUCCGCUCCCGGGCAUGAUCGACAGGAUUCUCGAAGUGGCGGAGAGUUUAUACAGAGGAUUCGCUGAGCCGAAAUUUCACGCGGAACAUAUAUUGCGGAAUGUCCCGCUAAUGAACAGACUGUUCGACUUUCGAGACUGCGCAUCGCCGUUGGUCACGUUGACGACGAAUCCUCAAACCGGCAGAAACGAUUUUUUCAUUCAAGUGAAAAGACAUUUGAAACGUCACUUCAAAAUGCACACAAGCGGCAUAUUGCACUUCACUAACUGCUGCUACGGCUUUUGGUACUCGAGAUCGACCAAUUGCUAUUACUAUCUCGAUCCGUAUCAGUGUGAUACGGGAGGCAAAAAAACUUUCGCCAACGGCAACGCCUGUCUGUGCAUCUUCUCCUCCGUGUGUCAAAUGACGAAGCACAUGUGUCUCAAUCAAUAUGAAGGUACGACUGGAUUCUAUCUUCACAGAAUUCACGUAAGCUCCAUCGACACGUUGCCGUACGAAAAGUUCCAGGAAGACCCGAUGUGGAUCUAUCUCGACUAUCACUGGAAUUUCAUGCAUUCAAUUAUGCGAGCACGUAGGAAAGCAAAAGACGGCGAUGGGUCCGGUCCAUCGAAAUUUGAUCGGCGAUUUUGGAACAAUUACGCGGUCGAAAUUGCCGAUCUGAUUUAUUCUGUUUGGGGCACGAUCGGCGCGUAUGAUUGCCGUUUUGGCGAACGGGCUGGAAAAAAUCGCAUCGCUAUAUGCGUGGUCAUUUUGGCCAUGCAACAUCUUUGUCAUCCCUCUAGAUGGGGUCCCGCCAUCCUGGAUUCAGCCGUGAUCUGCGGCGAUUCCUAUUAUACAGAAAGCCUGAAAAGCGCGGCGCGAAGGUGCUCCGAGUCUGUAAACAGGUUCGGUCUGCGAACUACCCUCAGGGUAUUCCCACACUUGUGGACCGUGGAUUUCGGCACAAGCGUAUGUGGAAUUCUAUAUGGCAAUCGAAACAGAUUGACAUUAACCGGAGCGUUGAAAUUAGCCUUCGAGGAGACUCGCAAUGUCAUCAUUGAAUGUAACGAGAUCACCCUGGCCGUGUUAGCUGCCAAGGACGCUUAUUACAUCGCCGAUCCCUGCUGGAUCGGUCCGCCAUUAUUCGCGAGGGAUCGUAAUGCGAUCUACGUUUUACGCUGCAAAAACGUGAACGUACUAAUAUAUGCAAUCACGAAGAUAUUCAAUACCAAUCAGCGACUCGGCGUUCGUAUUACGCCGUUGAGGCUCGCGUUCGAUCGAGAAGACCUUGACGCAGAUUCCGGACUCUACACCGCUAGAAGGAAAAUCUUGCCGAGAUCGCUACGAAAGGAUCCAGGAAAAAUCGAAGAUCCCGGUACGCCUAUUCCCGGAGCGGUUACGGUACCAGAUGUAGAUUCUUACCUGCGAUAUCAACGGCAUCUCGCCGAUAGUAUAAUCGGAGAUUCCCGACCGGAGGAUACCCAGCUGCGAAAUCAUAUGGGGCUUGCAUUGAAUCCUGAAAAUGUGAACAAUACGUUCGUGAGCACUAAGUGGCGUUUGAAUCUCGGCCGAAUGCGCCCUCCGAAACGAUCCAAGCCACCUGUGGAUCCUAUCAAGAUAAAACGUGAUUCGGCGGAUUGCGUCGAUUCCGCGACUGAACUAUUCCAGCCGCAUCGUUCGCAAAUUUCUGUCAUGGAUUUAAUUACUGCAUGCGAUAAUUAUCCGAGACCGAUGGAUUUCGCCAGCAAUGCUCCUCCACUUGGAAUAGAGUCACUCGAAUGCAACCUGAGCGAGCGUGAUUUCAUCCAUAAACAAAGUCGCGUGGAUUUCAACGAAAACGUUGCAGAAAUGUCUCGGGAUAUUUACAAGAGUUAUCGCCAUCGUCUAUCGAAAAAUAAGAAAUCUGCUCAUUCUUCAAUCGGUGCUGCUCAAAUGAAAGAUAAAGCCGAGAAUAUUCCAGAAACAUAUAGUGAAAUAAGCGAAGCGACAACCGAUACGGAAAUUUACUGAUGUGAAUAUUGAAUAGGAGUAAUCGUUGGAAAUUUACAGAGACGUGAUCCUUCUGGAGAUCGAUUAUAUCAGUAGAUAAAUAUUAAAUGUUUUUCUUAGAAAUUCUGACGUAACCAUAAAGAGCAAAAUGACUGCGAUUUUGUGAUUACAAUAUAAUAUUGCAUAAUUCUGUUGAUGUAUUUAAAAAUCUAUUAACAUUCCUAUCUUACCUUGUAAGAAACUCUUUAAUUCCGAGAAAUUCUUAAUAACCUCUAAAAAAAAAAAAAAAAACA